AUGGUAGUCGUCAUUCUAGAAGAUGCUGAUGUUCAAUUGAAUAUUGUCCAUUACAUCAACAUCUACAACAAUCUUCAAUACAGUUCCAUGCAAUCUUUUUAUCGAACAACUUCAAGACUUCCAGUCGCAACAACUAUCAAACGAAUUCUCAAACCACAAACAACCACACGCAAAAUGUCUUUCUUCCCACGACACUACAUCACAAACGAGGCUUCCUCCUUCCAUCCUCUCUUCCGUCUUCUUGACGACUUCGACCAAUACAGCAGUGGCCGCAAUGACACCAACUCUCGUCACCACCGUAGCAAUGUCAUGAAGACCUUCACCCCCAAAUUCGAUGUCAAGGAAGCUGGUGAAGUCUAUGAACUCCAUGGUGAACUUCCAGGUAUCGAGCAGAAGGAUGUCGAAAUCGAAUUCGUCGAUGACCAAACCCUCACCAUCCGUGGUCGUACCGAGCGCUCUUACACUUCCGGUACUCCACCAGCUGGUUUCGUCGAAGACGCACCCAAGUCUGGCGCCAUCACUGAAGGUGGUGAAACCGAACACAAAGACAAAGUUCACCAACCAACCGUCGAAGAUGAAGAUGCGACAACUCCAGCCAGCACUGACGCCAACACCCAAAUGACCAAGGCCAGCGAGGAGAGAAAGGCCAAGGAACCUGAUCACAAGUUCUGGGUUUCUGAACGUAGCAUCGGUGAAUUCUCCCGAUCUUUCAGCUUCCCAGUUCGCGUCAAUCAAGAUGCAGUUCAGGCUAGCAUGAAGAACGGCAUUCUUAGCAUCAUCGUUCCAAAGGCUAAGAAGCAAGAAGGCCGCAAGAUCACCAUUCAGUAA